AUAUGAGCUACGGAUUCGAUACUUGCCCAAAGGGUUUUUAAAACAGUUUACUGAGGACCAGCCAACUCUCAACUACUUUUAUCAUCAGGUAAAAAGUGACUAUAUGAUGGAGAUUGCUGAUCAAGUCGAUCAAGACAUAGCGCUUAAACUGGGCUGCCUUGAAAUCAGGAGGUUUUUCAGGGACAUGCGUGGUAACGCCUUGGAUAAGAAAUCAAAUUAUGAACUGCUAGAGAAGGACGUUGGUCUGCGGAGAUUCUUUCCAAAGAGUUUAUUAGACUCAGUGAAGGCUAAAUCCUUGCGGAAAUUGAUCCAGCAGACGUUUAAACAAUUUGCCAAUCUGAACGAUGAACAGUGCAUUCUGAAUUUCUUUGAGAUCCUAUGGCCCAUAUACAGAUUUGAUAAGGAGUGUUUUAAAUGCGCUCUUGGGUCAAGCUGGGUUAUUGCAGUGGAGUUGGCCAUCGGACCAGAGGAGGGAAUCAGUUACUUGACAGACAAAGGCUCAAAUCCAACACACCUGGCCAACUUCACACAGGUGCAGAAUAUCCAGUUUGAGGAGCGAGAGAGGAAGGGAAUGCUACAGUUAGAUGUGGCUGGAGCACCCGAGCCUUUGACAGUAACAACCACAACUCUGAACACAGCGGAGAACAUGGCCGAUCUAAUUGACGGCUACUGCAGACUUGUGAGCGGAAAUUCCUCAUCAUUUAUCGUCCGUGUACAGAAAGAAGGAGAGAGAGCUCUUCCAUCAAUCCCAAAGGCUCCAAAAUCAGCAAACCAUGAGAAACGGUUACAAGGAGUUCGAACCAAAGCCAUCUCUGUUUCAGAAACAGACGACUACGCAGAGAUCAUAGACGAAGAGGACACAUACACCAUGCCUUCCAAAUAUUAUGGACUAGAUGAAGCCAGGGACUAUGAGAUCCAAAGAGACAGAAUUGAGCUGGGCCGCUGUAUAGGAGAGGGCCAGUUUGGAGACGUACACCAAGGGAUUUACAUAUGUCCGGAGAACCCAGCUCUUUCUGUGGCAAUAAAGACGUGUAAGAACUGCACAUCGGACGGUGUUCGAGAGAAAUUCCUCCAGGAAGCCU